UAAACUAUCUAUUUCCGUUAUAGUGGUCAGGUGGGCUGCGCCUGUACUGGUGCGCAGAACAACACCAACGCUGAACUUACUUCCUGGAACCAGGGUCAAAUAGUCUGGUCAAAAUACGGGUGAUCGAUCUUAUUUGGGAAGGAGACAGGCAGCAUCCAAGACCUCAGAGGCACUAGUUGACAUCCAAGCUUUUUCAAGGGCAGUCUGGUAGUGUGAGAGCAUAUCCCGGAGCCUGUUCCUGCCUCCCACACACUCCUUACUGUCUUAAAGUUAUUUUUUUCAGCUCAUCCAUCCAAGGCAGUCCAGCCCUGUCCCUGUGUGGUGAUGUCAGGCCCCGGGAGAGAUGGUGAUCUGGAAUCAGACCACGCAGUAGACUGGUCCAUGAUGGACAUGCGGCUGGACUCGUUCCGGGGUUCCCCCCUGGCCCAGCAGGUGUCAGCGGAGAGGCUGGCCCGCGCUGGGUUCUACUUCACAGGACAGGCUGACAAGGUGCGCUGCUUCAGCUGCCACAAGACUGUAGAGAACUGGUGUGGAGGGGACGCACCCGUGGAGAGGCACGCGGAGGUCUCCCCCACCUGUAAGUUCCUGAGCUGCACCCAUCGUUCCAGGGUUAACUCUCUUCAAGGUGCCAUGCUGACCAACGAACCCCCCUACAACGAAGACGCUGAGGACAUGGAGUUCCGCCUGAGGACGGGAGAGGUGGUGGACGACACCACCUACCCCAUGGCCCCGCACAUGGCCAGCGAAGACUCCCGGCUCAACACCUUUGGCCCGUGGCCCUCCACAUCCCCGGUCCGGCCUAGAGAGCUGGUCCAGGCAGGGCUCUUCUAUCUGGGGGAGAGCGACCGGGUGCAGUGCUUCUGCUGUGGAGGGAUGCUGGGGGGCUGGGAGGCUGGGGACACGGCGUGGGGGGAGCACUCCAAACACUUCCCCUACUGCUUCUUCAUCUUGGGGCAUGAUGUGGGGAACCUCCCCUCUCAGGGGGGGAGUGGGGGGGAGGUGGGGGAGACCAGGCCACACCCGGGUCCUCGGGUCCCUAUGCAGAGCUUUGAGGAGAGGCUAGGCAGCUUUGCAGGAAUCCAGCACCCUAUUGACCACGAGAGGCUGGCCAGAGCAGGCUUCUACAACACAGGAGCUACAGACCGUGUGGUGUGUUUCCGCUGUGGUGGAGGUCUGAAGGGCUGGCAGCAGAACGAGGAUCCCUGGGAGGAGCACGCCAAACACUAUCCUGGGUGCAGUUUUCUGCUGGCAGAGAAAGGACAGGAGUUUGUCAGCAGCGUUCAGCUACAAGGUCCUGGCUGGAACAAUGCUGCUUCAAGUCACCUAAAUGGAUGUUCAAGUCAUGAGACGGGGGUGCUGCGGUCAGCCAUGGCCCAGAGGGCGGUAGAGAUGGGCCUGGAGCCUGCCCUGGUAGAGAGGACUAUCCUGGAGAGGAUACGCAGGGCUGGGACAGGCCACUCCACCCUGGAGACUCUGCUGCAGGACUGCUUUAACAGAGACCCUGACAGUGAUGCAGAGACCCUAGAGAACCAUGAAGAGGAUCCCCUUGAGAAGCUACGGAAGCUGCAGAGGGAGAAACAGUGCAAAGUGUGUAUGGACAGAGACAUCUGCAUCGUCUUCAUCCCCUGUGGGCACCUGGUCGUCUGCAAGGAGUGUUCCGAGGCCCUUGACAAGUGUCCCAUCUGCUGUGGAGCCAUCACACAGAAGAUCAAGACAUACAUCUCCUAACAUGCAACCUGGCGUCAGGGAUUGGAUUUAUAAAGCGUCUGAGUAGGAGUGCUGACCUAGGAUCACUCCUACUAUGAGACGCUUAAUGAAUGCGGGCCCAGGAGGAUAAGACUCUUUUAAAUGGCAAUGCUGCUUUACCUUCUCAAUGAUUUUAUAAACACAUGCUUUCCUACUGCAAAAUUGUACAUAAAGAUAUAUUAUAUUUGAGGAGGACCACUGUAAAUAUGAAUAAGAGAAUCAUGAAAAGUGUGGGGAUUUUAUUUUUCAAUGAUUGUUGUAGAGAUAACAGUUCCUUGUUAUGCGAUGUAUCAGUGAGGCGCAAACUACAAUACCCAAGAGGCAAUGGGCCUCUGUUGAAUCUUCAUACCAAGAUGAGAAACUAAGGUUGAGACUAGAUGGAGUACAGCUACAGACAGAAGUGACUUUACGUAGCAGGUUAGGAGAAUAAGGCAAAGGUUAAGAAAAGGGAUAGGGUUAGCUAAAAUGCUACCGUUGUCCCGACAUGAGUCGAACAUGCAACUUUUUGUCUAUGGCUGUACUCCAUCUACCCACAGUUCUGGUACUUCCGCUGUACAGUACCAUGAUCUACCAUUGCAGCUAUCAACAGUGCCUUUUCAAAUAGUCUCAUUUACUUAUUGUGUGUAUAUUUUCUUUAUUCAGACUAUCACGCCAUUUCCAUGUUUUUGUCAUAUUUCUCUUAAUAUUAUGAAGUUGUUGACUGGG